AUGUCGAAAGUCUACAGAGACUACAAAAUCGUCGCGGCCGAGAAGCAGUUGGAACGUCAGAGUAAGAUCCCCAAAGAGUGGCUGCUUCCUUCCGACCAAUAUCUCGGGGCCACAAAUGUCAUGCCAAUGCCGCCGACAUGUGGCAUCUUGAGCGACAUCGAGUGCCAAAUCACCUCCGACUAUGACGCCACUGCGCUCCUGGAGAAGCUCAAGGAUGGAGUGUGGUCGGCCGAACAGGUCACGGUCGCCUUUUGCAAGAGGGCAGCCAUUGCUCAGCAGUUGACCAACUGUUUAACCGAGAUUUUCUUCGACACAGCCAUCGAGCGAGCGCGUGCACUGGAUCGCGAACGGCAAGAAAAUCCUGAAAAGCCGCUCCGUCCGUUUCACGGCCUUCCAAUCUCGCUCAAAGACAGCUUCCAAGUUGCGGGAUAUGAUACGUCGACCGGAUUGGCAUGCUUUGUCAACGAACCAGCAGACGAAGACAGUGGAACCGCAGCCAUGCUGCUGGAAUUGGGCGCAGUGCUCUACUGCAAGACCAAUCUUCCACAAACAAUCAUGACCGGUGAUAGCCAUAACAAUGUCUUCGGCAGGACCUUAAACCCUCGCAAUACGGCAUUGACGGCUGGAGGAAGCACCGGUGGCGAAGGCGCCCUUCUUGCCCUUCGAGGAAGCGUGCUCGGUGUCGGGACAGAUAUUGGCGGGAGCAUUCGUGUCCCCUCCGUUUGCAACGGCCUCUAUGGAUUUCGACCCAGUGUCGGACUGGUCCCGCACGGGGGCGUGAGGGACCUCACCACGCCUGGGACGGAUGGGGUGCGCUCGUCGGCCGGCCCCAUGGCGACGUCGCUUCGGGAUGUUGCUCUUUUCCUCAAAACCAUUAUGCUGGCAGAAACUUGGCGCUAUGACAGCACCGUGAUUUCUGUGCCAUGGGUGAAUCUCGAACCCAAGCAAAAGCUUCGGAUUGGCCUCGUCCUGGACGACGGCGUCUACACUCCUUCGCCACCGGUUCGACGUGGCCUCAAAAAGACAGCGGAUCUUCUCCAAAGAAGCGACAAUAUUGAGCUCAUUCCUCUAACCUUGCCUGACGUCAAAGACCAUUAUGGCGACCUAAUCAAGUACUGGACAUUGUUGGGAAGCGAAAACUACCUUGAGCUCUUCGCCCGGACGGGGGAGCCCGAAAUCCCUUCUGUUAAAGCCAUUGGCCUCAAUUCCUUCCCAGCCACCGACCUGCGCGGGUUCUUCGACCUCAACGUGCGUCGUCAAGCAGCAGCACGCAGCUAUCUCAAGCUCUUCCGUGACAAUUGCAUCGAUGCCAUCUUGAUGCCGCCGGCGCAGCACACCGCCCUGCCCCUGGACAAAUGGACGACCGCCACAUACACUGGCCUGUGGAAUUAUCUUGACUACCCGGCCAUCGUCAUUCCCGUUGACACGGUGUGCGAGUCCGACGUGGUGGAUGACCCCAGCAGUGCCAAAUAUGGCGCCGAGGAUGCUCACGUGUAUAGUCUUUACACGGGACCCGAAGACUAUAAAGACGCGCCUAUAUGUGUGCAGCUGAUUGGGUACCGAUAUGCGGAUGAAGCGUUAGCCAACACAGCUGCCCUGGUAGAAUCAAUCGUCAAUGGCACAAAAUAA